AAGUGUCCUUUUAUCCUCUUUGAUGCUGAGGUAGCUUCGUCACAUGCCUCGAUCUCACGUGGUUCCCCGAUUACAGGCGACCGGUCGAAGGUAAUGUGACACUGUGUGACACUCUUCCCUCUCCCAAUCCAUGCCCAAGGUCUCGCUACGGAAACGACUUAUCGAUGGCGCCUACGCUUACGCACAACGUUUACAAGCAUGGAGAAAGCGGGAAAGGGACCGGAGGGAGAGACGGGAAGAAGAGGUCGUUUUGGGAAAAGUGGGAGACGAGCACUGGCAGGAACUGGUAGAGGACGUUGGUCGCCCUGGUAGCCCUAUGGACAUCAGUGAUGUUAGCGACGUAUCGUCAAUCUCAUCC